GUUAUUGGCCAAACAUCUGUUGUAACUGGACUAUCUGGGCAGGGUCCAAGAAACACAUUGUUGUUUACAUCAAAGGAUUUGAGGGGCCUGAGAACUGUGACCAAAACCAGGACAAAAUCAUUUUUCAAGGGGUCUCAUCAAGUGUGGAAAGGAAAACCUUCUAUGCAUGUAGAAGGCAAGGCACUUUGAUUUUUGCUACUCAAGCCCUGGCUGUCCAUAUAGUGUUUCUCUCUGUGAAGUCUUAUCCUAGACACAUCCCACAUUUUGAAGGCCAGUAUUUUAUCUUCACAGACCCGGAGAGACAAGUCCCUCCUAAACCUGCCAUUGGUUCUUCCUUAGCAACUUCCCAGAGACUCAGAGAGAGGACUCUAAGUAGUGUGGGUUCUCAUCCUCAGCUAGUGACAAAACCAAAGCCUGGGAGCUUUCCAAACAUGAACACCAUCUACAUGAGUCUGGGGAGCAAAAGCCAAAUUGUGACUGAGAUACUGAUGCCAAAGAAUGAGGGGCUAAUGGAGGGAGAAAGAAAGGUUCUUGAAUGGAAGCAUCUGCAUAGCCUUCUUCCUCUGAUUCCUGCCAAAGGGCCAUUGAUAAGGAACAGACACUUGACACCUAUUUUGCUUAGGCAGGAGCUCAGCAGGCCAACAGAGACUAUAAAAAGUUCAGCUGGAAGGGACUCUGUGGUAUCAUUUAGGAUGUCAUCAAUCCCAGUUACUUCCUGUGGGUACAUACCAGAAAAUAAAGCUUCCCAAGAUAGCUUGCCUGUGGACUCAUUGAUUAUUCACCCUCGUUGGCUUUCUAAGACUUUCCCCUUGACAGAGCUACUUCCGAAACCUAUAGGCGUUUCUGACAGGCUUCUUCCCUCUGCCAGUAUUCCAGAAAAGAGGCUUCCUUGGAUCACAGCUAAAAAACAAAAGCUCACAUGGCAAGGGGACCUUGUUAUUACUAAACCUUCCCACUUUUAUUCAUCCUUGACUGCUCAGAGUAUAAGGAAAUUCCAGGAUGCUGUGCGUAAUCAUGAUCAUCUCUACCAGAGUUUCAGCCAUGUGAUGCUGGUUAAAGGAAAGAAUUUUCUAGAAACAAGUCCUGGAGUUUAUGAGUCUGUCACCAGUCCUUCAAAUAUCCCUAAAGAAGAACUAUUCUUAAAUCUCCUGUUCAAUAAUGAACAGGUAGCACCAGAAUGCAAAGAGAGAGGUGGAGAAACCUUCCCAACAAGGGAUGAGGCAAGCAGGGGAGUCAGCUUGGAUCCAGCUCAGUCCAGCACUUUGGGAAAUAUCAGACCUCUCAAUGAGGAGCAUCUAGAUCUGGGAAGCCCUAGAGAAGUGACAACCUCCAAUGGAUUUGUGUGGGAUUCUUUAUCUCCUGGCAGCCUGACUGAGCUCUCCCCUUCCUUGAAGACCCCUGGUACUGCCCAGAGCUUCCUCAGAGAAGUCACAGAUGAUGUCCAUCCGAGCACUGGUGCUGCCCAUUCGAGUGAGCCAAUGCUUAACCUCAAAACCAAGGAUGAUUGGAAGUCCAAGGCCAUGGUAUCUUUGAUCCCUGGUCAAGUGUGGAAGAACAUGACUGCUGAUGGAGUCUUGGUUUUAACCCCAGGAUAUUCUGAUGCAGAAACAACCUCCCCAUCUUUUGGAAAUGAGUCUGUCUUAGAGUUCCAACAUUAUCCAGGAGAUAUCCUAUAUGAAGUAAUUGUCGAAAUGGAAUGCCCGGUAGAGACCCCUUACAAUACCUCUGAAGUGGAGAAAGUCUUGGCAGACUCACUUAAGCAAGAGAUUGGGGAAAAUCUAGACCACUUUUCACCUGAAGCAGAUGAAUUCAAACUAACUAGAAUUAAAAGAAAAGAUACCUUAAAUGUCAUGUUCAUUUUCUGGCUGCAUCUGAGAUCUAGAGGGCGAAAUAUGUCAGCCACUCUGAUGUCCCAAUUAGGAGCAUCUGAGAGCAGUGCACUGCAUCUUCAAUUAAGAACUCUCAUCAGAGACACAGUAGAAGCUCUCCAACUUCAUCUGAAAUUUAUCUCCAUUCACGAUGUGAAUGAAUGUGAAAUGGGCCUAGAACAAUGUGGUGAAGGGGCUGAAUGCUUCAAUGGAGCUGGUACUUACAUAUGUCGUUGCAAAGAAGACUAUGAAGAUCGUUCCCCCCGUGCAGAUUGGUACUCUGUGUGUCCAUGUCCCACGCUCAGGAGUUGGAUUUUCUUUCAAUUAUCUGGAUCUUCUCAUCACUGUUACUGUCUUUACCACCGUCCUCCUCGUGCUGAUAAUAGGUUUUGUGUGGCUGGCAACCAGAACAACCUAAGAAAAGAGGGAUUUUUGCCUUCAGGAGACAAUGUCCCUGGAGGGUUUGUCUACAUUACCACUGAUCCAAACCAAACCUCACCUCGAGGAAGUUCAACAAAUGCUCCCUCUAUAAUCCCUAUCAGCCUAAGUCCCCAGCCAGAAUCAUAGAUGGCUCCCUGUAACAAAUAUCUUACAAAGACUACCAUGUGUGUAUGGAACAGUCUGAAUAUCUCAAAUAAUGAUUUAAGGAAUAUUUAUCUGUUGUCGCUCUGAUCUCCUGUUGAGUCAGAUGCAGGAGAAGGUGAUUUUUCUGUCAAUUUUUCUCUGGGACAACAAAAAGACACUGCACAUUUUAGGGUGGAUGGGGGUGGGUGUAUCCUUCCAGUAACUUAAAAGGAGAGAAUUUCUGAUUGUAAUCCAUUUGUCUUUCUUGUUCCUUCCUACCUGAAUUAUACUUCUUGGCUCUAGAUUCUAGCCUCUAUAGGUGGAGGAAUUUACAUUUGUAUCUUAGCAUCAAGACUUUUACACUAAUUCCUGUAAUGAGCAGAAGCACAAAGCUAAUGACCUGGACAUUUUUGUGCCAUCUGACUGAAGUCUGCAGGAAGCACCCAGGGAUCCAGGAAAUGGAGGGGACACAUACCUAUUUCCAAAGCUGAUGAAUGAGUCCUGUGACUUUUAAGGAUACCCAAGUUAAAGUGCUGUUAAUUUAGCACAGUUUGGAAACUCCCAUUUGACCAUAGUGUAUUUUUAUAUGAAGAAUUAAAUCCUAACCCACCCUCCCCCCGGCCCUGGGUCUGGGGAACUAGAAGACUUGGUAUUCAAAAAUAAUUCUCUCCUUGUACCUACCAUCUUUUUUGUGAAGUUACAAAUAUGUGUAUUAUAUUUGUAGAAAUUGUUUUAAAUUCCCUCUCAAGAGCACAUAG